AUGUUCAAACUUAUCACAGUAUUUGGUGCCACAGGCAAUCAAGGUGGCUCUGUCAUCCAGGCCAUUCUAGCUGACCCUGUCCUGAGUAAGGAAUACAAAGUUCGCGGAAUAACGCGCGAUGCAUCAAAAGAACCCGCAAAGAAACUUGCCUCACAAGGUGUCGAGAUGGUUGCUGCGGACCUUUCAUCUCCAACUCAACUCCACAGCGCCAUUGAAGGCUCCCACACAGUUUUCCUAGUAACUGAUUUCUGGGCUACCACAGACAAGGAUAUUGAAAUUAGUCAAGGAAAAACCGUGACAGACAUCUGCAAGGAGAUCCGCGUCCAACAUCUCAUCUUCUCCUCUCUCCGAGGAGUUACUGAACUGACAGCCGGUCGACUACGGAAUGUAGCAUAUUUCGAUAGUAAAGCUGAAAUUGAGGAAUAUAUGCGAAACAGUGGUGUGCCGGCAACGUUUGUGUUGGCAGGAUUAUGUGUUGGCACCCCCCAUAUCCGAACACCUGCAGACCGCUUUCCGCACUUUCACCGCCUUCCUAAUAUAGUAAUUAUCUACCUGUCCAGAACCUCCGAAAAGCCCUAA